CACAAACAAGGACGAGCCGGGGGAGAGAGCACCGAUCACCGGCAGAAGAAUAUAUAUAUUAUUUUUGUCCGGCCAGAAAUGGAAUGCUUGUGACAGAGUGUCUGGAAGCUUCUGAUUUCCCAUGGUCAGCAGACUAUAAGAGGUGUAAUGGUUACAGACACAAUCCACCAUGUCCACCAUCAAGGUAGACCCAGAUGUGGAGUUUUGCUCCAUUGCUCCCUUGGAGGAUGAUCUCGGGAGCCCGCUACCUAAGGAGUUCUUCACAGACUUAGGGGACAUCCAGGAUAUCUCUCAGAAUAUCGGGGAUGACUGUUCCACCUCAUUCAGUGUGGCAGAGUACCAGUAUCUGGGAAACAGCCCCGGUUCCAAUGGGUCUGUUAGCACAGAUCAGACAGAUACCCUCUCACCAGCAUCCAGCCCGUCUUCAAUCACAUUCCCAGCAACACUGAGCGGCACAGAAGACCCCAACAAGUCACUGAGCAUCGAGUGUCGGGUGUGUGGAGAUAAAGCAUCAGGAUUUCACUAUGGAGUGCAUGCCUGCGAGGGCUGCAAGGGCUUUUUCCGAAGAACAAUACGCCUGAAACUAGUAUAUGACCGUUGUGAGCGGGCCUGUAAAAUCCAGAAGAAAAAUCGGAACAAGUGCCAAUAUUGCCGGUUCGAAAAGUGCCUUAGUGUGGGAAUGUCCCAUAAUGCGAUUCGGUUUGGGAGAAUGCCUCGUUCAGAAAAAGCAAAGCUGACGGCGGAAAUUCUGACCAGCGAGCAGGAUAUCAAGGACUCUCACAUAGCCGACCUUCUGUCCCUGGCCAAACUCCUCUAUGAUGCCUAUCAGAAAAACUUCAAUAUGAACAAAUUAAAAGCUCGGGCCAUUCUCACGGGGAAAGGCAGCAACCCAGCUCCAUUUGUGAUACAUGACAUGGAGACGUUGUGUAUGGCGGAGAAAACACUGGUAGCCAAAUUAGUGGCCAACGGUAUUCAGAACAAAGAAGCCGAGGUACGCAUCUUCCACUGCUGUCAGUGCACUUCGGUAGAAACGGUCACAGAACUUACAGAGUUUGCCAAAUCCAUACCGGGUUUUACUGAGCUGGACCUAAACGAUCAGGUGACUCUGUUAAAAUACGGAGUCUACGAAGCCAUGUUUGCCAUGCUGGCUUCAGUGAUGAACAAAGACGGGAUGUUGGUGGCUUAUGGAAAUGGUUUUAUUACCCGGGAGUUCUUGAAGAGUUUGAGGAAGCCAAUUGGUGACAUGAUGGAACCGAAGUUUGAGUUUGCCAUGAAGUUCAAUGCCCUGGAACUGGAUGACAGCGAUAUUGCAUUGUUUGUUGCUGCUCUUAUUUGUUGUGGAGACCGUCCUGGACUGCUCAAUGUUCCUAGCAUCGAGAGAAUGCAAGAAAACAUUGUCCACGUCUUGAAGCUUCACCUCCAGUCCAACCACCCGGAUGACGGCUUCCUCUUUCCCAAACUCUUACAGAAAAUGGCCGACCUGAGGCAGCUUGUAACGGAACACGCCCUCCUUGUCCAGACCAUCAAAAAGACUGAAACCGAUGCGUCUCUUCACCCAUUACUGCAAGAGAUCUACAGGGACAUGUAUUGAAGGCCAGAGGAAUUGGUUCAAGGAUUUUUUUAAUCUUCGUUCUGAUGGGAGCAAGGUUCUACAAAACCAUUUUCUUCCUCUGGCGGGUUUGGUUAAACCGCAUCCGUGCCUUCUACUUUGCCAGUGCUAAAAGACAGAAGUUCUCCAGUUGUUUUAACAAGUGGGGAAAAACAGUUCCUCAUAGUCAUAUCAAUCUUCCUAGAAAUCAAAGAAAAAGGCUAUAUUUUAAUUAUGUCACAGGAUGUCUCCAAUUUUACAAGCCGUCUAGAUUUUGAUGAUCAUCUAGCAAUAUUAAAUCAGGUUUAACUCAGGUUAAUCCAAGGAGAGGGCUGUCCUUGGUAUCAUGGUACUCCACAGCUU